ACAGGAGUUCCGACGGGUCUUUUUUUUCGCCGCAAGUCCGCGGAGGAGGGAGCAGCCGCUCGCGCCGCCAACUCCAGCCGGGGCUCCCCUCGCCUGGAUAACUCCCCCCGCCCACGCGCCAGAGAGGCAAGGAAGCCGAGCUCGACCCGGCGGCGACCAGCUCUCCACGGAGCAUGUCGGAAUCCAGAGCCCAGAGCGCGGCGGCGGACAAGGAGUCUCCCAACCUGGUGGCCCAGCUGUUUGGGGGGCUACGGUGGGGGCGCCUGGGGGCGCCCCCGGGAUUCAUUACGGUGCUGGAGUGGCUCUUUGCCAUUUUUGCCUUUGGAGCCUGUGGUUCUUUCAGUGCAGAAACAGGGGCUACUGUGAAAUGCACCAAGCCUCCCAAGGAGACAACUGCUAUUACUGUGCAGUUUGGAUAUCCUUUCAGGUUGUAUAAAAUCCCAUUUGAUAUGCCAGAUUGUAUCGAAGGAUCAACUUCUAAAAGAAUGCUGCAUCUCAUGGGAGACUUUUCUGCACCAGCUGAAUUCUUCGUGACCUUGGGGGUUUUUACUUUUCUAUAUACCAUGGCAGCUCUUGCAGUAUAUCUACGAUUUCACUCCCUCUAUAAGGAAAAUAAGAAGCUACCUUUUGCGGACUUCUGUGUGUCUGUCUCAUUUACCUUCUUUUGGCUGGUGGCAUUUUCAGCUUGGGGCAAAGGUCUAUCAGAUGUGAAAGGAGCUACACGGCCUUCCAGCCUUAUUGCAGCCAUGUCAGUAUGUCAAUUCAAAAAUGCAGUGUGCAAUGCUGGGGCCACUCCUUCUAUGGGUUUGGCCAACAUCUCUGUGCUGUUUGGUUUUGUCAACUUUAUACUCUGGGCUGGAAAUUGCUGGUUUGUUUUUAAAGAAACCCCUUGGCAUGCACAGACCAGCAACAAGGAAAAUUCUGCUGAACAAGGGGCUGUUGAUAAGCAAUAAGGAAACCCCACUCCCCCAUUGAAGCCGCCUUCUCCUCACCUUCCCCAAAUCAAGAACAUGCAGUCCCUUUGCUCGUCCCAUGCAGGAAAUAUGUCUUCUCUGCCAUUUUUGCUACUGUUUAGCAGUCAUAUUGGCUUCCCUUUGUGACUGAAAUGGGAGGCCUUUCUCCAGCUGCAAUCAUUGGUCUUCUUGUUGUUGUAGAUACACAGACUGUCCAUAGUUACAACAAAACUCUUCUUUAUUUGGAUAUUUUAUAAGCAUAUGCUACUGUACAUUUUCACAUUAGUCACCUAUCUCAGGAUGUAUGGCAAUAUGUCUUUACCGAUGACUUUUAUCAUUUUUUAAAAAUGAAGCCAGUAGAGUUGAAUAAGAACCUGGAGAAAACCAAAUAAUUAAAACCACAAAACUUGGGACAUCUAAGUGCCUUAGAGAGAAAAUAGUCUACUUUGUAGCUAUAAUAGAUGUAGAAAUAGUAACAUGCCACUUGGCUGAGCAGCAAAAUAAAAUAAAAACAAAAAAGUUUUUUUUUACCUUUAAUACAUUUAAAGGCAGGAAGCAGGGUGUUACAUUUCUCAUUUUGUAUUACAGAGUAUACAUAUUCUAAACAUAUUUUUGCUUCAAUUAAGUGCAAUUGAUUACAACUUAAGAUACUGUUUGCACACAGGUGUCUUGAUCGGCCUUGCAUGGCUAAUAUGG